AAUUAUACGUAAAUAGUAUACGAAACACCAUUGCUAUCGUAAUAUCUUAGUAUUUUAAAGUUUUUAGAAAAAGGAAAAAUAUAUUUUUUUUUCAAAUUUGUGAACAAUUUUCAAAGAAAGAACUAAAAUAAUUUUAAAUUGAAAAAAAAAGACAGCAUGAUGGCGCAGAACAUGACAUUUUAAAAUCUAUUGCAUAGUUCUAAUUGAAUAGUUCGACAAUCGAGAAUAAUACGAUACCGAAGAUCGUUAUCGUAUCGAAGGGCGCCACUAUCGACGAUACAUCAGAAAAUUUGAAAGUAUACCAGUCAAAAUACGAUUAUCUACGCGGUAUGCGUGUCGUGUUUGAAUAUUCGGAUUUUGGACGAUUUCACGAUCGAAACGUGUGCAGAGAUUUGUGCAAUGAAUUCUUCAGACACUAAAAGUUCUAAAUAAAGCUUAGAGGUCGUAGAAGUUCCUGGAAAUGUAACGUAGCCCGGUAUUACUUGUGGAUAACUCGUAUUAGUGUACAAGGAGGGACGCGGGAGAAACUGAUUGGCAGAUUGCGUUUCAUAAUUGACGGGAAUAGUUGGUCAAUCAAGAUCGGCAAUUUUCAAAUUUUGCCGGCGACUGGUAGUUUCAGUGGAAAUUGCUUGCCAACGCUGAAAGGGUCAAAGACGAUUUUAUCGUUUCAUCGAUUUUGCAAAAUGUAUCUUGAAAUUGUUCGGUAUUCGUAUUAAAUAUAGUGGUGAUAAAUCUUUCGAAGAAUACUGUCGAGAAAGAAUCGUCGAAAUUUGCUUCCAGAAAAGAAUCAACAAGUUCUACGUAUACUUCUACGUUUCGAAGAUAUUAAAGAAAUCGAGGUGAACAAUCAACUCGUGGAAAAAGAAAAAAAGAAAGAAAGAAAAGAAAAGAAAACGUGAGUGUGCGAAGAAGAAACGAUCUUUGAUGAAAAGAAUAAUAAUCUUUAAUUGCCCGGAGUCUUUAACAAACAGUAAAAAAUUAUUAGAGAGAAAAAAGAUUGUUUGACCAUCCCCAACGAUGGACAUUGUUUGCCAAAAGAAAGAUAGACUAUAACCUGGAUACACGAACCAUGUUUAUUCCUUUCUUCCUAAUAUUAAUUCGAAAAAUAUUGCGGUCAGAAGAGUAUUGAUCUCUCUACAGACGUGAGAGAACCCCUUUCAAUAUUUUUUUUAGCGUUGGAACGUCGCGUUAACGUGCUGAAGAAAAAGAAAAUUAAGUAUACACACAGAGAGAAAUAACAGGAACCUGAAAGAAUAUUAUACCAGAAAAAACAAAUGAGAAUACAAUCAAAGAGGAAUAAACGAUUCCCCAAAAAAGAAGGAAAAGAAGAAGGAAAUUGUAAUUGGAAAUGGUGCAAGCGUGACGAGACAGGUGAAACAAACCAUAAUAUUUACAUACCAAUCUUAUGAAGAAUAAAGAAUGAGUUGAACACGAUGCAUAGACAUACAAGUGGAACGUGAUACCUUUCAAGCUCAACUUCAUUAAGACCAACCUAACAAAAACAAAACAAAACAAAAACACAAAUAAAAAGAAAACAAAAAAAUGAUGUAAACGAAUUUACAGAGGGAGAGAAAACUAGGAAAAAAUCAACGAGACACUGGCCACCUAUACAACCAAUCAACAAAUACACUCAAUUCUCCCUAAAAAACAAAAGGAUCACAAAAAAAAAGACAGGAGAAACAAAACGUAGUACAUACCAAACUUUUUGUAAGGAAACAAAAAGUGUGAAUCGAAUAGAGACAAAAGAAACAGCGAUGUGACCCCAAUCACAUCCUCUAACCUCCACCUUAAACCAAGGUCGAAUUCAUUAAAACUAAACCAAAAGCAAAAAGAAAAGAAAGCCAACAAACUUACUUACUAAAGAAAAAGAGAAGAAAACCGAUUGAUACGCACAGACAAAAAGUAUAUACCCCCAGAAAAUUCCCCUUCCUCCUGUUCCAAGAAAGAAAAGAGAAAAAGAAUCAAACUCGAAGGAGCGAGGAGUGACACGAGGCAGGUGGAAAGCAACUCUCUUAUGGAGAGGCAGAGUAGGGAGCGGAGAUAAAACAGAGAGACAAGAGGAGGAGAGAUAUAUAAUGGUGGCGCAUGCUCCCCCCAGUUGUGCACGUAUUGUAGAGCAGGCAGUUGCCCCCGUCGGCUCCAGGUACACGCGAAAAUCCAUAUCGACGCGGUGUACCGUCUCCUACGGCCGUUGACAGAGGCACACGGCCGGCCGCGCGCCUUCGGUUUUCACCCGUCGUCGCGACGCAGCUUCCUCGCCGACUUACGCGCCGAUCCUGCACACCGCGCCGAGGUGUUGCAAGGCUGCUUACGCCGCUUCGAGCCACGUGCCGCUGCCGCAGUCGCGUGUCACUGCUCGAGCGGACCUCUCGAGCAGAGGGAAGGGAAAGGGAAAGGGUUUCGUCCCCCCAAAUCGAGACGAUGUGACACUUCUCACGAAUGUAAUAAUCAUCUAAUCGUCCACUUCGAAGAUAAAUUCAAGGGAAGUUUUUUUCUUUUUCUUUUUUUUUUUUUUCCCCUCCCCAAAAGAAGGAAAGAAGGUUGUUCCAAACGAGAAUUUUAUCAAGAGAAUUUUAUCGCUCGCCGCUAUGAAGAGGGAUUUGGAUGCAAAUGGAAAAGGGACACGUGUUUUCAACGUCGUACGUCCAAGGAAGAGAUGUUUAGGAACAAUUCGAAACGAGUGAAUGGACAUAUUUUGUACGUCUAUCAUGUUUUCUUAUGAUAUAUAAAUAGUACACGAGUUAUUUUGAAAGGGAAAGGAAAGGGAGAGAGAAAGAAGAAAGGAGGAUAUUAUCGAAGAAGAUUAAUCGAAGAAAGUUAUACACGUUCGUGAUAAAUACGAGUUUUAAUUAAGAGGAUAUUAUUUAUUAUAAUGUUGUUUAUAAUUAUUCUCGAAAAAGAGAUAAUUGGAUAAAUUUUUCAUGAAAGUAGAAGACGAUGAACAUUUUAUUCUAAAGAAGAAUUCCUUUGUUUCUGAAGGAAAAAAUAAUUAGAAACGAUCGAAAUAACUUCAAACUCCAACGUUAUCGAUAUGAAACCUCUAUGAAAAAUAAAAUUUCAAAGGAUUACGUUACGUUAAAAACGGAAUUGGAAAGAAAAGGCUCGACGUCUCCAACACACUUACCAGAUAGAACCGUAAAUAAAUAAAUAACGAAGUUUUCAAACCUCAUCCAUUGAAAGUUCACCAAGUGAUGGAGGAAUAGCAUUUUAAAGAAGACGGGGCGUACAUCGACUUGUUCCAUCGGGGCCGAUAAACGUAGAAACUUCCCCGUCUCGAAGAAGAAAAGAUUCGAGAGAAAUCCUCGGGAGAAUUUCAAAAGUUCCCCUUUAGUGGAAAAACAAACGAAAGUAGCCGCACAAAUUGUGUAAAUUUGCACAAAUUUCUCAAUCAUCCCCGGAGAGAUCAUUUUCGUCCAUCGAUAUUUCAUUCAUAUUAUCGAUAUUUCGAAAGGCAGAGGCGGAAUGAACGUUUUAAAACUCGUUUACGAACCUCUAUCGACUAUUGAUUACAAGGGACUCUGAAGGGAGAGAUUCCUCCUUGCGUCGUCGAGUUGAAAUCAGGGGGCGGUUGCAACGUCCUCUUUUUUCCCCCUUUUCACAAGGUGUAGCAGUCUCUCGAUCGAAACCCCAUCGUAUCGGUUCCCGAAACUCGACGCACGCCCUUUUGUUCGUGGCAAGAACAAUAGAGGGAUGAAGAUCACGCUCGAUGACAGACGUCGUUCGAUAAUUGGAUCUCGACCAAUUCCGAAACAUUUCUUCUUAUUCAUUUCUAUCUAGGAAAACGUCUAUUAGAAUAAAUCGAAGAAAUCUCUCCAAGAGAUAUCGUUAACGAUAAUCCUUUGAAUAAAGGGAGAGGAUUAUUUUCUUAAAGUGUAAUCAUCAAGUGAACUAAAAAAAAGAAACUGUAAUCCAGUGGAACAACAAUUCAGACGUUUAGAAAUUGUCGAGUUUCUCUCUAAAGUUUCCCUUUGUGGCGUAAGGAUAUAUUUCGAAGGGAUAUCUCCUUCUCUCCUUCGCUUUGACGAAGGAAUUCAAUGAACUCGGAAUCCGACGAAAUCGAUCUCCGAUUUCCAACCAUUUGUAAAAUAAUCCCGCGAAAACUUUGCCCCAAUCGAGACAGAAGAGAUGUGUAUAUAUAUAUAGUAAUAAUGUAUAAUAAUGUUGUAAAAUCACGUUUCGAUAUGAAUCGCGCGUGUAAAGAUCAAACAUCGUUCUUCAAAGAUUAAUUUUCCCUCUCCUCUCCCCCUCUUGUCUCCACAGUUUGCGGAAAGGAAUCCUCGAGGAUUAACCCUCCUUUAAUGGCCCAAGGAUCUCGGAGGAGGAUCAAGCAGGCAUUAGUCGUGGAAUCGAUGAAAAUAUUCUUAUAUCCCGAGUGAUACAAUUGAUCAGUGGAAAAAAAAUAGAGUGAUCGAGGAGAAAGGAUUAAGUUUCCUCUUAAUCGAACUAUCACAGAUCGACAUUGCAUUUGGGAAUGGAAAAAUCGUGAGUUCGAUCUUUCUUUUCUUUUUAACAUUCUCGAAUUCGAUUCACGAAGAGUGUGUUAAGAUUGGAAAGAAGAGAUGUUAACGAAUCAUAUAUACGUGGAUCCUUGAAAAUUUUCCUCGAAUUAAUAUCGAAGAUAAAUUUUCUUUAAGGAGAUAUCUUGGAAAAUUGGUUUUAAAGGAGCCGUGUAAACGAUAAACAUAAAUUCUUCUUCGAUCUCUUUCCGUCUUUCGAAACGAACCCGAUCGGAGAAGCGAAACGUUUCGGUUAAGAAGGAAGGAAGCAUGAGCUGGCAAUCGAGCAACGAGACUGUUCUCGACAACGGUAAUUACGUGCUGAACACGUUGCAUUAUAUCAACAAAUUGAACGAGUCUGUGAACCCAGAGGCGAUCGAGUGUCUGGAACGUAAGCAUAAGGAGGAGUUGGAAAGGUUGUCGUUGGGAGGGAUACUGGAGGAGGAUCAACAGGGGUGCGAGAUCAGUUGGGACUCUUUAUUGUGCUGGCCUAGGACACCUCCUGGAACACUGGUCACGCUACCAUGUUUCGAUGAAUUGAAUGGGAUCCGCUACGACAGCACCCAGAACGCGAGCCGUUGGUGCAGGACAGACGGUAUCUGGAGCAACUAUAGCAACUAUAGCCUCUGUCGAAAUCUUCGCGAGCCAGCGAUCGAGGGCGGUGCAGAGGUUAUCUCGACGACUAUAUAUUUCGCCGGUUAUAGCAUUUCGUUGAUCACCCUGAUCAUCGCUGUCUCCAUUUUUCUCUAUUGCAAGGAACUCAGGUGCAUUAGGAACAACAUACACACUAACUUGAUGUUCACCUACAUCCUCGCAGACUUUAUGUGGAUUCUAAACAACGUGAUGCAGGUCUCGAUGCAACCGGACGUACCGACUUGUGUCGCUUUCCUGUCGCUGUUUCAUUAUUUCCAGCUGACCAAUUACUUCUGGAUGUUCGUCGAAGGUCUCUAUCUAUACCUGUUGGUCGUAAAGACUUUCACGGGCGACAAUAUCAAGUUGAGGCUGUGUCUCAUUAUAGGCUGGGGUAUACCGGUUCUGUUUAUCACAAUGUGGUGCAUCGCCAAAUCACUGGACCAGAAUGCAACGAGUCAGGACAUUGCGCUAGGCAAACAUUGUCCCUGGAUGGUUUCGCAUGCUUACGACUGGUUUUACCAAGCCCCAGCUAUUUUGGUUCUCUGCGUGAACGUGGUGUUCCUCUUCAUGAUAAUGUGGGUGCUGAUAACGAAGCUCUGGUCCGCGACGAACGUGGAAACUCAGCAAUACAGGAAAGCGAGCAAAGCGUUGCUGGUUCUGAUACCGCUCCUCGGGGUGACUUACGUGCUGGUUCUAACAGGGCCGACCGAGGGUCAGGUUGCUAAUGCAUUCUCCUACGCUCGAGCCGUGUUACUUUCUUCCCAGGGACUGUUCGUGGCAUUGUUUUACUGUUUCCUGAACACCGAGGUACGAAACACGGUGAAAAGCCACAUCGAACGUUGGACCACGGCCCGCGAUCUGGACACAGAAAGAAGGUAUUAUAACAAUUGGUCUCCCCGUUCAAGAACAGAGAGUAUAAGAUUGUACUGUCCACCAUCGAACCCGUACAGAAAAAGGGACUCGUCUGUAAGCGAGACGACGACCACGACCGUUGUUGGAUUGAACUCGACGACCACGUUUCUAGAUAAAUCGAAGAAGGCGAUCUCGGAGGAUAUGAACGAAUAGGGAUGAUUUCGAUCCAAUAAUGGAAUAAUUUACUUUGAAGAAUCGAUUAAUCGUGGGGAAAUAAUUCAAGCUGCAUGCACUUGAAAAAGAGAUACUCGAAAUUCAACAUCUUGAAAGAAUAUCUCUAUUUUAUUUCUUUGUUUCCGUUUUUUUAAUCCGAUAUUUGGAGAGUGAAACGAUAACCUAUCUGAUAAGAUGGGAAACCAGUUGUUUAUUAGUUAAAAAAAUAUGUUUAAUAUUUCACAGUUGCAGGGAGGAAUAUGGAUUAGAAAGUGAAUUAAUUAUUGUGAAUGUUAUAAGCGAUGAAAGCAAGGGAAUAGUAACUGAAGGAGGAAAAGAUUGAAACGUAUAUAUCUUGUUAAAGAAUUGUUUAUGAAAGAAUCGAAAAAAAAAAAU